CCGCGUUCAACCGUCGACGAGUUAAUAACCACCGUUAUAUCGAUGUUUGUAUCUGGUGUUUCGUUACCGACGAUGAAGUUUACGUAAAACUUUUUCUACGGGACAAUAAUUUUUCUUGUUUUCUUGACUGGGAAUAAAAAUUUUCUGUGAAGCCAUGAUGAAAUUGUUUGUGGCGCUUUUUGUUGUCGCAAUCACAGUUGUCGCUGGUCAACAAGCAUCUCUGGAAAUCCAGCCCAGAUCCAGACCGAUUCGUAAAGAAGUAGGAGACAAUUUGGUGCUGACUUGUAGGCCGAGCGUGCCAAAACCAGACCUGAUUUCCAAUUUGGAAUGGCAAGACAAAAACGGUCGGCGAAUCGAAAAUGUUCACAGAAACAGUCCAGUUUAUAUCCAGAAUUUACCAGGAGAAAAAGGUAUAAUGUUGGUUUUUACCGGUUUAACUGAACAACAAGCUGGCAUUUACAAUUGUCACGCCAGCUACGCAAACACUGAACAAUUGUCAGCGUCGGUGGAAGUCAGCACAUUCGUGGACGUCCAAUUUGUUGAUGCCCCCGAAAACCAAUUUCCAGUAGUCGGUACCAAUUACAAAGUAAAAUGUAAAGUAAAAGGGGAACCUUAUCCAAUAAUCGAUUGGUACAAAGGCGAUACUUUACUGGAAGAAAACAGUAAAAAAUACAUAAGGCAAAUCGAUGGACUUCAAAUUAGUAACGUCACCGAAGCAGACGAUGGUACUUAUAAAUGUUCAGCUGUGGUACCAUCAACUGGAGUCUAUAAAACCAGAAACAUCAAAGUGGAAGUUCAAGUUCCUCCUUUUAUAUUACCGAUGAAAGAAAUUCAAGUCGUCGAAGGCGAUUCGGCUUCUGCCAAAUGUACGGCAACUGGAAAACCGCCGCCGACUUAUCAAUGGAUCAAGCUGGAUCGGCGAAAUGAUUUAUCGAAAACCGACCGGUUCGAUGUGAAAAAGUUAACAGGCGAAUUAAUAAUGAACAGGGUGGAAUACGGCGACGACGGCAUGUACAAGUGCGUGGCCGAAAACACGGCCGGACACGUCGAAACGGAAGUUCGGAUUAACGUUUUGGUGAAACCGCAAAUUUACGAAUUGUUGAACGCCACUUCGCCGGUAGCCAACGAAACGAGGCUUUUGUGCAAAACCAAAGGCAGACCUCCACCUAAAGUGACUUUCAGAAAACUCAGCAAUCGACAGGCUUAUAUUGAAGGACCGCAACUUGACGAUAACAGAAUUCGGUUGGAGCAAGAAACUUUCGAUGAUGCAGGUGAAACUUUUGGAACUUUAACAAUUUCAAACCUAAACCGAAGCGAUGACGGUCUUUAUGAAUGUAUAGCUGAAAACUCAGUAGGAAAAGCCUAUAAAAAUGGUCACAUUACGGUUUGGUUCAAGCCUACUUUUAAUCGCACCCGUGAUUUACCCCCAGUUUAUAGUUGGGACGGUAGACCGGGAAAUUUGUCUUGUUUACCGGAAGCCAUCCCAAACGCUACCAUCGUUUGGAGGUGGAACGAAAUCGAAAUCGGAGAGGAGAAUUUCAGAAAUGGCAGAGUCUCCCGUAACAAUUUCGAAGUUAUCGGCCGCAGUCCGCAAUCGUUUUUGAUUGUUAAACCUUAUAAUCAACCAAGUUAUUACACACACUACGAAUGCAUAGCGAGCAACGGGCUGGGCCAAGCAUCGAUCAAAAUCCAAUUAAGACAGGGUCUGGCUCCAGGGAUGAUCGGUCAAGUCCGUGCCAACACAGUAACGGCUACGACAAUCAAGUUUUCGCUUGUUCCGCCGAGCAACUACGACAACUUACCGAUCAGGACGUACACGGUCCAGUACAAGCCUGAGCGGCAACCCUCUUGGGAUAAUUCCGUGUCGCAUACUUGGAGUAAUGGUGCACCUUACAUUGUGGAAAACCUAAUACCGGAAGUGACCUAUCACUUCCGUUUCGUGGCCAGAAACGAUGUAGGGAUCGGAACCUGGACUAAUGGGCCUACUAUAACUAUGCCUCGUCGUUCGGUGCCUGCGGAGCCUAGAAUUUUGUUGCCUUCCUCUAUUAAUUUGACUGACAAACAAGAAUUGCCUGGACCUUAUUCGGAUCAUUUCGAGAUUCGUUGGAACGUACCAGCUGAUAAUGGAGAACCAAUCGAGUUUUAUCUGAUAAGAUAUUGUAAGAUCGAAAGAAAUGGCAACGAGGACAGGGACAUUGACUGUAGCGAGAAUAUUCAGCAAUCGAUUAAGUACACAAACUAUCCUUUGGAUAGAUUGAUGCCCAACACUUUAUACAAAGUGGAACUGAGAGCUCACAAUGCAAUAGGUGACAGUACGCCUGCUACGAUACGUUUCAGGACUGCCAGAGGCAUUGGUCCAGUUCCACUAGACAGCAAUCCGCAAAUGAGCAGCGCCAUGAUCAUCGGAAUCGUUGUGGCAUCAGUAAUCAUCAUCCUAAUUGUAGUAGACCUGACUUGUUUCCUGGUAAACAGAACAGGUCUGAUUGCAAUGUGCUGCGAAAGAACCAAAAGGAAGAAAAAGGACGAAGAAGAUCCGAAACUUGGAAGUGAAGAAAAAGAACCCUUGAAUCAACCUGUGGAAAAAUCCAUCAGCGUCGAGUUUGACGGCCGACAAGUUUACACAAAGUCUGGAGAGAUUAUUGGAAAACACUCGGCAGUGUAAUGACAAUUUUUGAAGCUCACUUUACGAAUUUUUGUAUUAUGUAAAAAGCUUAUUUUGGUUCACAACAUUCCGCUAAUUAUUGUUAAAAUGUAAUUAUGUGCCAAAAUGCUUUCCAGAAAAAAAAAAUAUAUAUAAAUGUAAUGUCGCUUACAAUGAAUUUUAGCUAAAUAAGUAUUAUUUAUUUUUUUAUUAUUGUAUAAACCGUUAUUUUUGUUUUGUGUGUAUUAUUUGUAUUUUAGUUUACUUUAUUAUUCUCAUAAUAAUUAUUAUAGCUCACAUUUGUACUUAAAUACAUUUUUUGGUAAAAGUGCCUGUGAAGACAUACACAAAUGGUACAAAUUCAAAUAAUAGUAAUUGUAUAAUAGGGAAUCAAUUUCAAUUAAAAAAAAAAAUUAUUACACAGUAUUAAUAAUAGGUAUUUUUACAUAAUAUAUUUAUUUUAUUUUUUCAAUGGUACUUAAAGCCAAAGAACUAUAGGUACGUAGUUUAUUAUUAAGUUUUGCUAGGAUUUUGUUUAGACAUAAGUUGUAUUUGUAUGUAGCUUUUGAUAUUAUUUAAAUAAAUAUAUUUGUCCAAAUACAAAAAUUACUAACGCAGCCAAGACAAAAAAUGAAGCAUUUAUUAUCAUAUAACAUAAUUAUUACCUAACUCAAUCGACUUCUUCAGGCCGUACAGGGUGGACUAAAGGUAUAACAGAUUUUUGAUUCACAUCCCGAGAUAAUGCUU